UUUGUUGUUCAGUAAACCACUACUUGUAUCACUCCAAACAAAGCUGACGACACGAUGAAUCAUGAAGUUUGAGCUUAGUAACUGUUUGUUAGCAGAUUGUUAGCAGACGAAUUGUAUUGCUUGACCUACCAUUUCUAUAUUGAUCUGAUAAAGUGUAAGAGUUGGCACAGAAGUAGCAUGAUUAGUGUGAGCUAGGGUUAGGAUAGAGGUGCCUACUGGCAUGAAAUAUCAUGCGUGUAUAUAUAUAUGCAAAAGAAAACCCUUGCAAGGCAGCUCUGUUACUGUGCUAAAGAUACAAUUAGUAGCCAAACAAGUUCAACUCAAAAACAAAAGAUGAAACUUGUUCACAGUAAGGCAUUGCCAUUGUUGGUGUUUCUGCUGGUGAUGACUUGUUAUGUGGAGCGCGGCAGGGGCACUGCCUGUACAAGCACUUUCUUCUCUGCACUUGUUCAGCUCAUACCUUGUAGGGCAGCAGUUGCUCCCUUCAGCCCCAUCCCUCCUAGUGAGACCUGCUGCAAUGCUGUCAAGACUCUUGGCCAGCCUUGUUUGUGUGUUCUGGUGAACGGCCCUCCAAUUACUGGCGUGGACCGGAACAUGGCCUUGCAACUCCCUGACAAGUGCACUGCCAACUUUGAACCAUGUGAAAUUAUGAAGUAGAUGUACAAGUGUGGAGCUGGAGAGAUUAUUAAGAACAAGUGUCUUGUUUUCUUUUCUUUUUUCCAUAGUAAAGUGAAUAAGAGGCUCAACCGAUGUACUGUAAUCUUGAGGGUUGGCCCUCAGCCCUCU